AUACAUACUAACCAGUCGCCUUCGACUCUUUGUGCCUUACCCCGAAACGAUUCAUACUACUCUGUGUUUUUUUGGACUUCUUUCCUACCUAUAUCACAGGUAUCUUCCCAUUGUUGUCGUUUUUUGUAUUGUGCAAUGGCCGUUCGCAUUGUACUACUAUAAUUUUGAUUGCUGUAAAAAAAGUUUCAAUGCUACCACCAAGACUCCGCGCAGGGCCCUUCCGGCGCAUGCAAGGCUUCUUAGGGCCCAAGCGCAGGCUUCUCCAUGCUUCUUCGCGUCUUAAUAGUGCAGCGAAACCUUCAGAAGAUGAAGUUGUAAGGGCCCGCGCAUACUGCGCAAAUUUAGUCAGAACGUAUGACACACCCUCACAUAUUUUGCAAACUUUCAUACCACAAUCAUCCCGCGAUGCUUAUCUUGCCAUCCGUGCCUUCAAUGUCGACGUUGCCCGCGUCGCCGAUACGACCAGUACCCCCACUAUCGGCAUGAUGCGCAUGCAAUUUUGGCGGGAUACUAUCACUAAAGCACUGGCUGGAGCACCUCCAAAAGAGCCAGUAGCCAUUCUAUUGGCACAAGCGGCAGAAGAUUUGCAUGAGCGAUCUGAUGGGAAAGCACGGUUGAGCAAGAACUGGUUCCAUCGCAUCAUCAACACACGAGAACAGUAUCUCGGGAAUCCACCAUAUCCAACCCUGAGCGCAUUGGAGAGCUAUGCUGAGAACACAUACUCGACUAUGCUAUACCUGACCCUUUCUGCACUGCCGCAAGCAUCUCUAACAACCGACCACAUUGCAUCACACAUUGGAAAGGCAAUGGGCAUCGCGGCAGUGUUACGAGGCAUUCCUUUCAUCGCAUUCCCACAACAACAGGCACUCGGUACUAGCAACUCCAUUACAGGCCAAUCAGGACCAACCCAAGGCGCUGUUCUCCUCCCGCUUGAUGUCAUGGCUGAAGCCUCCGUUCGCGAGGAAGAUGUAUUCCGACAAGGCGGUUCCGCCCCUGGUCUCCGUGACGCCGUCUUCACGGUGGCCACACGUGCAAAUGACCAUCUCAUCACAGCUCGAGAAAUGCUUAAUAAGUUGCGAUCCGAAGGGACCCUUGGUCAUGACUUUGAGCACCAGCACGAGGAGGACCAUGAAUAUAGUGUGCAGCAGAUGAACACUGGACAGGAGGCGCAACUGGCAGAAGUAGAAAAAGCGUUUGGGGUUUUCAUGCCCAGUGUUGCAACGCAGGCAUGGCUGGAUAAGUUGCAAGGAGUUGAUUUUGACAUCUUCGACCCAGCGUUGAGGAACGUGGACUGGAAACUGCCGAUGAAGGCUUACUGGGCGUACACUCGACGGAAGUUAUGAUGCUUAGGACAAUGAAAGAAGCGCAAAGGCAAGCCAACAUGUUGCGACAGUGUAUUUGUAUGUGUGGAUAUGUUGUGGUGGUCUUGAAUGAUAACACAAUCACACAAAAAUUAUCGACCCGAGAUUCCUAAG